AUGGCGGGCGUAACUGUCCACACCACAUCUCCUAUUCAUCCCAAUGGUGCAACCACACCAAAGGGGGCAAGUCCUAGUACUGCAGCAGCGCGAUAUUCGCCGCCUCACUCGACCCGUCGAUCUUCGCAAAGCCCUACACCAGUGACCUCAAAUCCCGCUGUCCUCCCGUCUCCUACAUUUGCAUCAGCUCAGCCGGGCUCCACCGCUGGUCCCGCUCCGACAGGGCAGCCCCCUUCUCCCCUAACUUCACUGCCUAUACCAACAGCUACACUACCUGCAUUAAGCACUCGAACAACUUCCUCACCGCCUUCACCACAGCCAGGUGCAGUACCGUCACCAUCGUAUUCUGAAGCAAGACGAGCAUCCAUUCCUCCUCCUCCAAAAGCGGGUGAGGUUCCCAAGCCUGCGGCAUAUUACGCUCCACAGUACGAUGGCAAUACCACCUCUACCUCGUUCCAAAACCUGUCUCUGAAUACUUCUGUGCCUCCAUUACCUACGCACCAGACACAAGGUACAGUGCUGACGCCAACAAGGGCGCAGCCUCCACCUGCAGUCACUGCGCAUGCCACAACAACAAGCAUAACGCAAGACCUCUCACAUCCACCUGGCUAUGUACAAGAUUCUAGGGCGUCCUUCUCUGAGCGACCUCCUGAGCUUAUCUCGCCCCUGAAUCUGAACCAGAGCGGUCACGAUCGACGCAAGUCGAGAAGCGGGAUCGGAAUUCUGGAUGGUGGAGGAGGUCAUGAGGACAUAGGAGACGAAGACAAGGGGCUGUGGGAUACCGCAAUCUCGUGGGCCAAAACCGUAGGUGAGAAGGUGAUCGAGGGUGAGGAGGAGAUGUGGAAGAGGAUCAAUCGCAAAACAUAG